UCAGUGGUCCUGUGGGUGAGCGCCAAUCCCUGACCUUUCUCCACGUCAACGUGGAGGGACAACGUUAUGCUCAGUCUCAAGCUGCCCCCGCUCCUUCGAAUCCAUCAGGUCCCCGAGGUGUUCUGGGAAGAUGGCAUCAUGUCUGGCUACUCUCACCCUACAAGCUCGGCCUUGGACUGUGUCCUCAGCUCCUUCCAGAUGACCAAUGAGACUGUUAACAUCUGGACUCACUUCCUGCCCACUUGGUACUUCCUGUGGUGCCUCCUGGUGUUGGCUGGAGGACCCGGCUUCGAGGAUGAGCUAUACCACUGGCCACUGCUGGUCUUCAUGCUGCCCACCUGCCUCUACCCCUUUGCAUCAUGCUGCGCACACACCUUCAGCUCAAUGUCACCACAAGCACAUCACAUGUGCUACUUCCUGGACUAUGGGGCAGUCAGUCUCUACAGCCUGGGCUGUGCCUUCCCCUAUGCCGCCUACUCCAUGCCAGCCUCCUGGUUGCACGGCUACCUAUACCAGCUCUUCGUGCCCGCUGCUGCACUCAACUCCGUGUGCACCAGCCUCUCCUGCUACUCAUGGUGGGCUCUCAGCAUCACCAGUGGGUAAGGCAAGGCCCUCCGCACAGCUGCCUUCACUUAUCCCUUCUUGUUUGACAGCCUUCCUCUCUUCUACCGACUCGGGCUGUGCUGGGCCAGGGCCCACGGCUGUGGGCAGGAGGCACUGAACUCCAACCAUGGCUACCAUCUCCUCUGCGCACUGCUCACAGGUCUCCUCUUCGCAGCCCGUCUGCCAGAGCGGCUGGCACCUGGGCGCUUCGACUACAUUGGCCACAGCCACCAGCUGUUCCACAUCUGUGCAGUGCUGGGCACCCACUUCCAGCUGGAGGCAGUGCUAGCUGACAUGCGAUCCAGCAGAGCCUAGCUGGCCACGAAGGAACCACCCCUGGGCCUGGAGAGCAUGGUGGCCAUAUUGAGCCUGGGAGUGGCUGGGAACCUGCUCAUCAUUGCGAGCCACCUUGCUUUGGGCCCCUGGAAACUGCCCCUACUGCGGGGUGGCCCACCAGAAGAGGGACCCCAGGCUAAACAACACUGAGGCCCAUCUCUGGUAUGGGCCUGGAGGGAGGCAGAGGCCUGGCCUUAGUGUUAAAGAGCUCAGACCUGGACCUGAGGUCUUUAUGGCUAAAGGGGGAACAGUCUAGGGGACUGGUGGAG